UUUCGGCGCGAGUUGGAAUUUUGGAAGAUAAGUGCGUCAUAUAUGCCGACAUGCUGUGCAUACAGAUACCAUGGUCAUUUUGAGGAACUGGAGACGCAUGAAAAAUUUAAGAUGCAUUCUGGGAAAAGGGAAACUUCUCAGGUGGAACCACUUCUUUCAGAGAAGAAAUCACGCUGGACAACGCUGAGAGGUCGUGUUUGGAGCAUCAUUGAUUACAAGGUGCCUUCAAUAGCAGCUAAGUUGUAUAUGGCCCUGAUAUUUCUAAUGGUCCUCCUGUGCGUAUUCACACAAGCCCUCAGUACCAUGCCUGAGUUCCAGAGAGCUCUGACAAAAUUUAUCCACAUCGACAUGCAACACCGGCACACUUAUGGUUUGGUAAAGUUCUUGAAUUACUUCCAAAUCUUCCGAACAUUACGGAUGAUCCGCCUUGUCAGCAAUCUACGAGCCUCGCGAGUUCUGGUAUUUUCAAUUCGACAGAAUAUCAAAGACAUGAUGUUACUUGGACUAUUGCUAACGGUUGCUGUCAGUGUUACAGGUCACUUAAUAUACUUCAUGGAGGACCCCGAAACAAUUGGUUCAGUUCCUAAUGCUUGGUACUGGGCUGUUAUUACUCUUACUACAGUCGGGUAUGGAGACAUAUCUCCUGUAACAUGUCUUGGUAAGAUUCUCGCCUCCUUAAUGGCAAUAUCUGGAGUGCUACUGUUGGCCGUUACUGUGCCUACAUUUGUUAACAACUUUCUUACACUGUAUCAAUACGCCUGUCUGGAUGACUAUAUUGGAAGUAAGCUGUCUGCUGAACAAGGUCCUGAACAAAUCAACAGUCAGGUGGUCCGUAAAACGCUGACUAAGGACAAAUCCACAAUAAAUGAUAACCAGUAGCCAAUUGUACUUGAAAGUGUUGAAGUGCUGUAGGCGCCACACGCCAGACUUUACUUUUUGACAAUUCUGUUUACAGGCAAUAACAAUUGACUCCGAAAAAUAUUUUGUAUGGCCCAAAUCUGUAACCGAUAAGUGCCUGUCAUAACCUAUAAUAAUAGAGCAGGUAAUGUAAUUUAAUGAAUUUUUAAUACAAUUUUCUAGUUUCAUAACAACUGGUAUACAUAUAUGAAUUAGGAUAUAUGAACAUUGAUUUCGGCAAGUUUUUUGCUGGCGAGAAGUUAGUAAGAUUAACACCCGAUAUCGGCUAGCGACGAUUUGACUAUUUGUUGAAGAUAUGUUUGGCAGGGUCUUUCAGUCAACACAUUUAAUUUUUUCUUCGUAUUUAUCUAUUGUAUCCUAUUCCUCUCGCCUUUUCACAAAGAUUCAAUAAAGACUGUUUGGCUCGCUUUGAAUUUCACUUUAACGUAACAAUCUUAUGAACUUAUUUUAAUUGAGUAGUCUUUUAAUACGCACUUAUUUAACCGCUUAACACCAUAAGUUCCAUUUUUUACUCCGGCGCAUUUACUCUUUUAACAUGUCAUGUCAAAAGGUAGAUAUGAAGAUAUCCAAUUUCGAUCUUGGGUGAUAGAGCUUACGGCCUUCUGCCUAAAAACUGGAUAACUUAUCCAGUGGUUAUCUUUUCGAUAGCCCAAAACAUGCAGUUGUAUAUAUAGAUCAACAGUGUUUACUGGAUUAACAUUGACCAAUCAAUAAACUUUUUUGCUUAUUUAAAUCAAACCAAAAAAUAACCAGCUUUAAACAAUUGGCUGCAAAAGGUUCAAUAUGAUCAUGUGGAACCAUUUAAAAUACAUAUCUCAGGGCAGACUGAGUAAUUAGACCUUUAACCUAUUAAUACAAGAAUACAUAAAACAUGCAACAGCCGAUAGGUAUACUUGAGGCACCUAUCCUCUGGUUUUAACUGAUGACAUUCUUUAAUUUUGUCUGAUCUUUUCCCAACGCGCUUAAAAAUGGUGAAUAUGGUUACAGGAGCCAUUAAUAUUGCAUCUAACUUCAACAAGGCUUGUCAUUCUAAGCUUUAACCAGACAUUGCGAUUUAUUUAAUUUAAUUUCAAACACGAUUUUGCAAAUUUCUUGGUCGAUAAAUCUAAGUCAUGCUUAUUGGUUAUAUCGAUCAAACUAACUACUCUAGUGUUUAUAGAAACGGGAAGGUAAUUCGAAUGUAUCUUUCUCCCCUCAGAUUUUUCAGUGUCGGCCCAUUCCCUCUCAAUGAAGGUCAAUAAUACUACUAAUGAUACCACUACCACUACCACUACCACUACCACUACCACUACUACUACUACUACUACUACUACUACUACUACUAAUAAUAAUAAUAAUAAUAGUAAUACUGCUAUUGCUACUGUUACUAUUUCUAUUAAUGAUACUACGAAACGGCAAGAUCUCAAACAUGGUCUGGCUACAAUGAUAGACCUUUAUUUAGAAAUUAAACCGUAUCUUUAAUAUAAAAACUAUUCUGAGAUUUAUAUCGAUAAACAUGUAUUCAAUGCAUAAUUAAUUCAUUUACUUCUACAAUGUAGUUUUGGACAACUUAAUGUUCAACCAAAUGAACGUUUAGAUUGAAUUUCUACAUCUUAAAUAAACACAAAACACAAAACAUAAAAAUCGGCACAAAUAAAAAUAUAUAUUUAAGUAUAACUUGUGUCUGAUGAAUCGAUUUGUAAACCGAGAUCUGUGCACUUUAAUUAAAGUUUAUCCAAUUUUUUGUUUACAAUAUUCCUAUGCAUUAAAUGUAACUUCUUUUUUACUUAUUAAAACUCAGAAAAAAUCAUUACAUUUAACAUGCAGUUUUAUUUUAAAAAUAAUGGUCUAUCACUGUGUUCCAGUAUUCAUACCUUGUACUCUCAAUAUGUAUGCAAUCUAGCCUGGCCUUGCCCGGCCCGGUCCGGCCCGACACAAAAUGCAGGCCAAGCCAGGCCAGGCUAGAUUGCAUACAUAUUGAGUGCACAAGCUCAUUUGAGAGAGGUUAGCAUCUGAAUCGUUUGCUUAGAAAUAUUUUAUACGACAUAUUUAACAUAUUUUCAU